UGUGUGUGUGUGUGUGUGUGUGAGAGACACUCCUGAGUAAGACACAGUUCUGUCUCCUGUCCCAGUGAAGAGAGCGCAGGGGGACAGAUGGAGCUGGGAUCGAGGCUCAGGGUUCUCCUGGCGGCUCUCCUGAGUGUGUGUGUGCUGUGGAGGAUCUGCUCUGCGUCCCGGUCCGACCGUCACCACCAGCAGGACACACACGUCAUCGACAUCCUGGAAACGCUGAGCGUCACACACUCCACUCGAGGAAUCACCAAGGUCAAAGGUCACGACGCCGGCACGGCCGCCUGGCGUUUCCGCUGCCGCACGCCUCACCUGACCCUGCCCGCGGACGCGUACCGCCGCCUGGUGAGGGCGUGGCGCGGCUCGCUGGGCGUGUACCUGGUGGGUCAGCAGGCCGGAGCCUCGGCGGCGACGCUGCUGUCUCUGAGCGCGCCCGGGGACGCCCCGCUCCUGCGCCUCGUCUCCGACACGCAGGACGACUUUCUCCAGCUGGACGUCCGCAUGGGACCUGACGCGGAACCCGAGGUGCUCCGAUUCCCCGGGGGGAACCCGUUCUCAGGAGGGAGGUGGGCCAGGGUGGUGCUGGGCGUGGCUCCGGGGCGGGUGUGGCUGUUCCAGGAGUGUAAAGAGGCCACGGUGCUGCAGCUUACACGUUAUGGACGACCUUUGACCCUUAACCUCCCUCCUCAUGACCUUCAGGUCACCUUAGCCAGCACAGUGGACGAGAAAGCCAGCAAAUUUAAUGGCUACCUCCAGACUGCACAGAUCUCCACUAAACCCUACGAGAGACGUCCGUGGCCCUGCAGUAACGUUAGCGACUCCGCCCCCUACAGCUCUGUGGAUUUGGAGAAGGAGCUACAGGACCAGCCGGAGCGCCCGGUCCAGUCGGUGCUUGGUCCCCCGGCGGCUCCGCGCGGCAGAGCGUCCAACAGUGAACAGAGACAGAGAACCAGGAACAUGGAGGAGAUGCUGCACAACAUCACCACCACGCUGCUCAUGCUGAAACAGCAGAAUGAGGAUCUGCAGGCUCGGGUGCAGUAUCUGGAGUCCUGUGAGUGUGUGAGGAGGAAAUCCUGUAACUGGGAAAACCACGAGAUGGAGGACGGAUCCCGCUGGAGGGUCGACGGGCGCACCGAGUGUUCCUGCUCCUCUGGGAGAGUCGAGUGUGACACUUCAAACAGGUGUGUGUAUGACGGAGGUGUGUACGACGAUGGAGAAGUGUUUGAACCCAAAACUAAUCCGUGUCUCAGCUGCACCUGCUCUGACAGUAUGGUGAGAUGUCACCCUAAAAGCUGCCCCGUGCCACAGUGUGCUAAUCCUCAUGUGAGGCCUGGGGAGUGCUGUCCAAGCUGCUCAGGGUGUGGCGUCGAUAACCGAACCCACAGCGUCUCACACAGCACCGUGGACGGCUGCCAGACCUGCUCCUGUAGGAAUGGCCACAUGUCGUGUGUGGACGUGCAGGAAUGUCCUCAGUCGUGUCAGAAUGGAGUGAAGCCUCCGUUCGGUUCCUGCUGUCGCGACUGUUCCCGCUGUGAGUAUCGCGGCGAGGUCAUUCCAGACGGAGUCACGUUCCCAGACCGCGAGGAUCCGUGUAAACUCUGCGUCUGCUCUGGUGGGAACGUGGUGUGUAGCAGUGUACCCUGUCCUACACCUGACUGCGGUUUGGUGGAAACUGUGAGCGGAGAGUGCUGUCCCAGGUGUCGAAGUUGUGUCCAUGAGGAGGUGAGAUACAAGCACGGCUCAACAUGGACACACCCACGAGACCCCUGCAGCACCUGCACAUGCUCAGAGGGACGUGUGGACUGUACAGCCGAGCUCUGUUACACCCCGUGUAGGAACCCGGAACCUUCUCCAGGAACCUGCUGCCCCUCCUGUGACCGCUGCGCCCUAAAUGGACGGACCUUCCUGAACGGGGAACCGGUUCCGAGUGGAGAUCGGUGUGAGCGGUGUGUGUGUGAGAAUGGAAAUAUAAACUGUGAGCCCCUCCCCUGCCCCGCCCCACACUGCUCUCAUCCAAUCAGGAGAGCCGGAGACUGCUGUCCAAGGUGUGAACAGUGUAAUUAUGAAUCAGAAGUGUAUUCAGACGGUCAGCGGUUUACCUCCAAACAGAAUCCCUGUGUGACGUGUCAGUGUUCAGCUGGGAAGGUUGUUUGUGAGAGUGUUGAGACAUCGUGCCCUAUUUCACGCUGUACACACCCCAGUCAACAGCAUGGCACCUGCUGCCCCACAUGCAACUCAUGUGAUUUUGAGAGAAGAGUGUACACUGAUGGUGAGGUGUUCAGACCCCCAGGACACGGACCCUGCCUCGAGUGUGUGUGUGAGAGAGGUAAUGUAAGAUGCCAUCAGGAGAGAUGUCCCCCUGUCCACUGUCCAAACCCAGUCAGAGACCCCCAUGUUUGCUGCCCUGUGUGCAGAGAGUGUGUAUCAGGAGGUCAGCAGUAUGAGCACGGGGCGGUAUGGGACUCUGAGGACACGCCCUGCACCAGGUGCUCCUGUGUGGAGGGGAAGGUCCAGUGUGAGGCGAGACAGUGUCCUCCUCCGUCCUGCCGUCAUCCGAACACAGCACCAGGUGAGUGCUGCGCGGUGUGUGAUCACUGUCUCUACAAACAGCGUGUUUAUGAAAACGGACGCAGGUUUUUUGACCCAGACGAUCCGUGUCACAGCUGCACCUGUCAGAAUGGCUCAGUGCUCUGUGGUGUGAUUCACUGUUCACCGGUUUCCUGCUCCAACCCUUACACCGCACCAGGAGAGUGCUGUCCCCAGUGUCCAAACUGUGCUCUUCAGAACCGUGUGUUUGUUGACGGCGAGAUGUUCGUGAACCCUCAGAACCAGUGUGAGGAGUGUGUGUGUCGCGGGGGUCAAGUGGAUUGUCAUCAGAAGUGCUCCAGACCCAACUGUCACUAUCCCGUCAGUGGGACGUGCUGCCAGAACAACUGCAACGGGUGUAGCUACGCGGGUAAAGAUUAUCCGAACGGCAUGGAGUUCCCUCACCCGACCGACCCGUGCAGGGAAUGUCACUGUCUCAACGGUAAUGUGCAAUGUAGGAUGAGUAGAUGUCCUCCUCUACAGUGCAGUGAACCCACACAAACCCAAGGACAGUGCUGUCCUCAAUGUCCAGCGCCCCCUGCUGACUGUGUUUUUGAAGGACACUCUUACAGACACACCCAGCGCUUCUACCACCCCACGGACAGCUGCCGUCUCUGCUCGUGCUCCAAUGGGACGGUGAGCUGUCACCGUAAGCCCUGCCCCUCCGCCCCCUGCGCCCACCCUGUUCAGCAGGAGUGCUGUCGCACCUGUGACGGAUGUUUGUAUAACGGUGUGGAACGUGCUAACGGAGAGAGGUUCGCGGACGUCUCGGACCCCUGCGGGACGUGUGUGUGUCGUGAAGGCUCUGUGAGCUGCGAGAGAAGACGGUGUCCCCAGAUCACGUGUCCAUAUCCUGUACAGAGACAGUGCUGUCAGAGCUGCGACGGUUGUCAUUAUGCUGGUGAAGAUUAUUUGAGUGGACAGGAGUUCCUGGACCCCUCAGAUCGCUGUAAACACUGCACGUGUAUAAACGGAGACGUGACCUGCAGUCAGAAACCCUGCUACACCCCGGGCUGCUCUCACCCGGCGCCCUCUCCUGGACACUGCUGUCCCACCUGUGACGCGUGUUCCUAUGGCGGUGAGGUUCUGUUAGACGGACAGACGGUACCGGACCCGACCGAGCCGUGCUCAGAGUGUACCUGCAGGGGCGGCUCAGUGCAGUGUGUGAGGAGAGUGUGUGAUCCGGCUCCCUGUCCUCAUCCCGUCCCUGGCCCCUGUGGGUGUCCUGUUUGUCAAGGUUGUUCCUUCCAAGGACAAGUUUAUGAAGAUGGAGCCAUUUUUUCAGCACCUAAUGCAAAGUGUGAGGAGUGUACAUGUUCUAGAGGGGAGGUGAGAUGCACCCCUCGGUCCUGCCCCAUCACGACGUGUCCUCACCCCGCAGUGGACCGGUGCGGAUGUGCCGAGUGUAAUCGCUGCAGGUUUCACGGGCGAGAGUGUGUGAACGGGGAACACUUUCCUGAUCCCGAGGACAACUGCCAGAGAUGCACCUGCCAGAACGGUGAUGUGUCGUGUACAUCCGCGCCGUGCCCGGCGGUGUCGUGCAGGAGGCCGGUGCGACCCCCGGGGUCGUGUUGCCCCGUGUGUACGGGUGUGUGUGAGCACAUGGGGCAGGAGUACAACAGCGGCUCCACCUUCACCCCCCCGACCGACCCCUGUUUGACCUGCACCUGCGUGAAUGAAGUUGUGUCGUGUCAGAGGAAGGCGUGUCCUCGGCAGUGCACACACCCUGCCCGCUACUCGGACUGCUGCCCCGUGUGUGACACGUGCUUGUACGAGGAUGUGGAGCACACACACGCGCAGAGGUUCACGCCGCUCUCCAGUCCGUGUCUGCGCUGCGUGUGUGUGAGUGGGAGCGUCACGUGCACGCAGGUCACCUGUCCUGUAGUCACGUGUAAUAAUCCGGUCACUCCUCCAGGAGAGUGCUGCCCCCGGUGCAGAGUGUGUGUGCAGAACGGUGUUGAGUACAGAGAGGGGGAGCGCUUCCGUCCUCACAGUGACCACUGCUCUCAGUGCAUCUGCGAGGAUGGUGAGGUGAGAUGUGCAGGAUCUCAGUGUGCACAGUUAAACUGCAUGCACCAGGUUACUGAUCCAGGCUCCUGCUGCCCAAGAUGCCGAGGGUGUGUGUAUGAUGGAGUUGAACACUCUGAAGCCAGUACCUGGUUCGCCUCCAGCGGUCCCUGUAUGUCCUGCAUGUGUGUGGACGGAGUGACCACCUGCUCGGAGAUCCAGUGUCUCUCCCCCUGCAUCAACAAGAUCAAUGUUCCUGGGGAAUGUUGUCCUCUUUGUGCAGACUGCAUGUUUGAAGGUCGCGUGUAUGGACCAGGGGAGAACUUCCAACCAUCAGAUGAUCCCUGUCAGAUCUGCACAUGUGAGGUUAUGCCAGAUGGACAGCAGCACCUGCGCUGUUACAGGAAGCAGUGUCCCCGUCUGGUGGACUGUCCCAAAAAUUACAUCACCUUUAACGCUCCUGACUUCUGCUGUCCAGUGUGUGCACAGCCUCUGAGUGUCUGUACAGAAGCGCUGAUCGGAAACGAAGUCCUCGCUACGGACGACCCGUGUUUCACCUGCCAGUGCAAAGAUCUCACAUGGACGUGCAUCCAUAAACUCUGUCCUUUACUCAGCUGUCCUCCAGAUGAACAGUACACACCACCCGACUCCUGCUGUCCAGGCUGUGAUGUGUGUGUGCUGGAGGGAGGGAGACGGCGUGUAAAAAACGGAGAGACCUGGACUGAUAGUGAAGACGAGUGUGUCACCUGCUCCUGCAAACUGGGCCAUAUAGAGUGUGAUAUAGAGCAGUGUGCACCGCUGGUGUGUGAGGUCGGACUCCUGAAGGUCAGAACCCCGGGGAAGUGCUGCUACGAAUGUCAAGACGCCAGGGCUGCGUGUGUGUAUGAGGGACAGCUGUAUGACUCUAACGAGCAGUGGGACGUGGAUGAGUGCACUUCCUGCACGUGUGUGUCUGGAGAGGUUCACUGCCAAACUGAGAGAUGUCCAGCAGUGUCCUGUGCUUCUGAUGAAAGUCCAUCUGUGCGUCCCGGGAUGUGUUGUCCCCGCUGUAUCCCGCGUCCUGCCACCUGCAUCGUGUUCGGAGAUCCGCACUAUCGCACGUUCGAUGGCAAGAUGGUGAACUUCCAAGGGACGUGUACUUACGUGUUAGCACAGGAUUGUGACGGUGGAGACUUCAGUGUUCAUGUGACGAACGAUGACCGUGGCCGUAAGGGCGUGUCCUGGACUAAAGAGGUGACAGUGUACAUCAGGGAUCUUGUGAUCCAGCUGCUGCAGGACUGGGUGGUGAAGGUCGAUCAUCAAACCGUCACGCUGCCGUUCCUGAAAGAGCCGUAUGUUUACCUGGAGCGCAAAUCCAACACCGUCCUCCUCAACACCAACAUUGGCAUAAAGGUGUUGUGGAACGGACGUUCUCACCUGGAGGUCAGUGUUCCAGGCACCUAUAAGGAGCAGAUGUGUGGUCUGUGUGGAAACUUCAACAACUUUCCUCAGGACGACAUGCGGCUGCGUAACGGACAGAUCACCACCUCAGAGGCGAGCUUUGGAAACAGCUGGAAGGUGGCCGGGAAUGACACCAGCGCUCGGUGCGCGGACGCGAGGAACAUCGACCCGUGUAAAGAGGCCGGAUACUCGUUCCGUAAGACGGCGAACAGUCGCUGUGCGGUCCUAAAGUCCGCCGUGUUCGAGCGCUGUCACAGAGUGGUGCCUCCGGAGAUGUUCUUCGCCUCGUGUGUGUACGACCUGUGUGCCUGCGCAGCCAACGCAGACGACUGCCUCUGUGAUGCCCUGGAGGCGUACGCUUCUGAGUGCCGUGAGGGAGGAGUCGUCUUACAGUGGAGAUCACCUUCCCUCUGUGCUGUGGGCUGUCCUUUGGAUCGCGGUUAUGUGUUUGAUGAAUGCGGUCCUCCGUGUCCUAAAACCUGCUUCAACAAGGACGUGCCGCUGGGCGUGAUCGAGGCGCACUGCUUUAAACCCUGCGUCCCAGGCUGCCAGUGUCCCGCCGGACUGGUGGAGCACGAGUCCCACUGCAUUUCCCCGGAUAAAUGUCCCAAAAUCAUCCACGGAAUCCCCUGAAAUCCUCAAAGCUCCUGUAGAUCCAUAGGACUGCACCGGAACCGAGCCUCUUCUCCAGAACUCGCAGAUCAUCUUUAACCAGCAUGCUGCAUCAUGGGAACUCUGUAUCUGCUGGUACCACCCCGCUGCUGCUGCCAGACGCGGUCAUGUCCUUAGACCUGGUGCUCACCAUAGAAACAUAAAAGCAGCACUAUGUUAAAUUGGAGCUGUCACUUUUGCCCAGGCUGACUCCGCCCACUCUGUCUAAAUGACAUACGUUGUAUAAAGUUACUGUUUAUGAAACAGGUGUAGUGCUGAGAAGCGCUAUUAUUAUUAAUAUUAUUAUUAAUAUUAAUGGGUGGGGCUAAUUUUAGGGCCAGAAAUUCAACCUUAAAGCUGCAAUUUAACUUUAAAGCUGCUUUAAAAAACUCAGCACCAUGUCUUUGAAACUGAUGAAUUAUUGCAUUAAUAAUAGAAAAAACAUCAAUGUUUCAUACUGCAGCUUUAAAACCAUGUGAAAAGUCAGUCUUAAUACAUAAGACAUUGCAAUUGUUAUGUUUUAAUAGUAGUUUUAACUUAAUUUUUAAAGAUGAUUAUAAUUUAAGAAUUUUUUUUACCUUACAAAAAAUGCAGUAGCUAUUUACGAGCUAGUGAAAACUUUGUGGUAAAAUAUACAUACUGUUUAAAAGGGAACAGUUAGUCCUGGUUUUAUUCAAACGCUCUCAUAUGCAUAUAACUUAAACCCGGACUAAGUGUUCACUUAAUUUUUGUGCAGUACAUUAAGAUAACGCAUGCACAAUGAAAAAAUUGUAAGUCAAAAAUACAAAACAUAGAUAGAUUUUACAUCUAAGAGUCAGACAGUUAGGAUUUAUCUAUUAAUCCUUAAAACUUAUGCACAAACUUAUGAGCAGGUGUGUAACCUGAAGCUAUAUUUAGAAUCCUUCACAGUUUUACUGAAUACAGGUAUAAUUUACACUCAGGUUACGCACAGAGGUGCAAAAUUACUUAAAUAAUCAUUUUAGUGGAUUUUUAUUACAUUUUGACUUAACAUUGUGUUUAAUUGUUUUACAUUUAAAAAAAAAAAAAAAAAAAUUCUUACAUUGUUUUGAGACUGUUCAGGUCCUAGUUAGAAA